AAAUUAUUGACAAUAUUCUGCAAGGGCGUAUAGGAGAGUUAAAGUAUUGUUAAAAAAAGAAUUGUCAAUAAUAUUGAAUGUGUGCCGGCAGCCUUAUAAACUUAUCCUCUAACCUCUUUGCUGCCUUCUAAAUAUUAUAUUUUAUAAAAACUAUGUAUUUAUUUCGCAGUUGUAAAAUAAUUAGUGUGUAUAAGGUCGUACGCCGGGUUAUUCAAGGUCAAUAAGUAACUAAUAGUUAGUUUCUUGGUAUUCUGGAAUUAGGUCAUCAGAUUUCUUUAAACAAAAUGGGAAGUUCUUAUUCAAGGUCCUAUUCGCCAAAUUGUGGACAGCCAAAAAAUGAAUCUGAAAACCGUGGGACAAUAUCACGUACUGAUUCAACAUGCCAAUAUGUGGAGUCCAUAGUGUGUAAAGAGAAUGACCUCAAAGACAAUGAGAUGAAGGUGUUUGAACUAGGAGAAGAAGGAAAAGUUUUAGUUGUUAAACAGAAGGGGGAGUUUAGUGCUGUAGGUACUAAGUGUACUCAUUAUGGAGCUCCAUUAGUUUCUGGAGCCUUAGGAGAUGGCAGGAUAAGAUGCCCAUGGCACGGAGCCUGCUUCAAUUUAAAAACAGGGGAUAUUGAAGACUUCCCUGGGUUUGAUUCUCUGCCAUGCUAUCAAGUCACUGUAUCUGAAAAGGGUGAAGUUAAGGUUAGAGCUAAACUCAGCGACUUGAAGUCUAACAAACGAAUAAAAGAUAUGGGAAUGACGUCAUCUCUUGACGAGUCAUCUGUAGUGAUAGUUGGCGGCGGGCCGUCCGGCGCAACUUGCGCCGAAACAUUACGCAGCGAAGGCUUCACAGGACGUAUUACGGUAGUGGCUAAAGAAAACUACUUGCCAUACGACAGAAUCAAGGUAUCGAAGAUUGGCACAGCUACGGACAUAGAGAAACUGCAGGCUAGAUCUCAGCAAUACUAUCAAGAUGCAAAUAUACAGGUUUUAAAAGGAGUCGAAGUGACAAAAGUACACGCCGAUAACAAAUGUGUCGAAUUGAGUGAUGGCUGUAAACUAUCAUACAGCUCUCUGUACCUAGCUACCGGUUCAAAACCACGUGUUCCAGAUAUACCAGGUAUAGAUUUAAAAAAUAUAUUUACUGUGAGAAACUUUGAUGAUUCUGUCAACAUACUUAAAACAUUAGGCACAGAGAAAGACAAAAAUGUGGUUGUCUUAGGUUUAAGUUUCAUUGGUUUGGAAUCAGCUUCGUCCUGCGUCUCGAAAGCUAAAUCUAUGACUGUAGUGGGUAAAGAUGUUGCGCCGCUUGGACAGAUAUUUGGAAAAGAAAUAGGCCAGAGCCUACAAAAAUUAUUUCAGGACAAUGGCGUCUCGUUCUAUUUUGAAACCACAAUUGCAAAAUGUAUUGGUGAAAAUGGUGUCAUUAAAUCUGUAGAAUUAACCAACGGUACGUCACUUCCUGCUGAUAUGUUAAUUUUGGGUGUGGGAACAACAUUUCAUACGGAGUUCCUCAAAGAUAGUGGCAUCGCUUUAAAACCAAACGGUGCGGUAACCGUCACUGAUAAGUUGGAAACAAAUAUUAAAAAUAUAUAUGCCGGCGGCGAUAUAGCGUUCGCUCCAGUUUAUGCUCUUGAUAAUGAACCGAUGUCUAUAGGACACAUAGGUUUAGCACAAUACCAUGGACAAAUUGCGGCUAAAAAUAUUUUGAAGAAAGAAACAGUUCUCAGAACUGUGCCAUUUUUCUGGACAAUGGUAUUUGGGAAGUCUAUCCGUUAUGCAGGAUGUGGUAAACCAACCAGCUUCCAAAUUGAAGGAGAUAUUUCAUUGUUAAAGUUUGUUAUAUUUUUCUUCAAUGAGUCAGAUAAAGUAAUCUCUGUUGCAUCAUGUAUGAAAGAUCCUGUUGUAUCACAAUUUGCUGAACUGCUUUAUCAAGGUAAAACACUUUAUAAAAGGGAUCUGAAAGAUGAUCCAUUUGCUUGGAUAAAAAAUAUUAAUUAGUUACUUAUGUACUAUCAUAAUUUAUAACCUAAUGCUUUAAUGCAAUCUCUGUCUUUAUAUUGUAAUACAUUAUAAAUCAGGCAUAUAUAUAUAUGGCAUCGAUAAUAUAUUAUCUUUUAUUAUUUAAGAUGAAACAGAUCUGUUAUUAUUUGAAUAUGAAAUUAAGGAGAAUUAUUUAUUUUCUUACUAAAAAAAAGUUCAUGUUCGAUUUUUGGUCUUUGGAAAAACUAUCAAAAUCUCAUUUCCAUAAUUGCAAAUAAUUGCACAUAUAUAUUUUACUAAAAAUAUACCUAUUUAUCAAGGAGUUACACAUACAAAAUAAAAAGAAGAAGAAGACUACUAACUAAAGUCCAGGGCUGUGGGUUCCAUUCCUACAACUGGAAAAUGUCUGUAUGAUGAACAUUAGUGUCUAAUUGUUAGUUUGUAUAUUAAAAGUAUUUAUAUAUAUUAUUCGUUAAAAUAUUCAUCGGUCAUCUUAGUACAUAUAGCACAAGUAUGUUACUUUAGGGCUAGAUUACAAUGUGUAUAUUGUAGUAUAUUUAUUUAUUUUCUGCUGAAUACUGUAUGUUAGCUAAGCUUUGUAAAAUUCCGUCUGAAAAGCCUCACCUACACAAAUAUGAGAACUACCUAUGAACUAUGUUUUCGUCCAACGACUUGCUGCCUUAUUUGAGUAAGAUUACCUUUAUUGAGUAAAAUUGAAUUUGAUAUAGUUUUAAAUUGUUAAAUUUUUAGGUCUUAAAAACCUACAAUUUAUUUCUAACUGGACUUUGCUUUAAUAUUUAUUUAAAUAUAGUGUAGAGCAAUAGUGCAAGAUAAGAUAAUAUUAUGCUACACAAAUUAAAUGUUUUCCAAGCCAAGUUAAUGCUUAGAAUGUUUUACAAGUGUUUUGUAAUGGUUUUCUAAAGACAGGUGCCACAAUUAGGCUGUCUUUUUAUUAACCAACCUAAGUUGAUAUAUUAAUAAUAUUAUGCUACGGUCAGCUGUGAUUUUCAUUGUUCAAAUAAAAUUUGUUGCUGUCCUAAAUGUAACCAUUUUGUCUCAAAACUAUGUUCUGUUAGGUUUGGUUUGAAAAUGGUGAUAUUUAAGAAGAAAUCAAUGUGAUAAUCGUAAUUAAUUUGCUCUACUUAAAGUAGAUUUAGUUUUUAGCUAAGAUCAUAUUUUUAACUUUUAAUAAGAAAUCCUUUUGUUUAUGGAGUUUCAAAGCCAAGACCUAAAUCCCACUGUUUAGUGUCACUGAACCUCGGAACUAAAAAAUAGCUUUUAGCCGCUUUAAAGGCAUUGCAAGGCAAGGCAAAGCUUAAUGUGACCAAUUCUGCAUUGAAGUAGGUUUGCUUAUAAUAAUAUUGUGAUAAUCUGUAUUUAUUAUAAUUGAAUGAAUAAAAUUUUUAACACUA